UUUCAGCCAAAGACUCAGUCGUGCGCCAAGCUCAGCUUCGGCCUCUUCACUUCACUGCGGUCCGUGGGAAUUCCGUUUUAGUGCCUUUUUAUCGCGCCGUUUAUUUUGAUAACUGCUUCUGCAACGGCUCUGCAAUAUUGCAGUAAACAAAACAUCAUUACCAUUACCAUUAACAUUAACAUUACCUUUACCACGAACCACUGACGACGUCUUUAGAAAGGAUUAACACCUGUCCGCUUGCGUAAGCAAAAUGUUGAAGCUAUCGUUUGUGUGCCUGUUCUUGGGCAUUUUGGCGAAAUCAUCAGCGGGCCAGUUCUACUUCCCCAACGAGGCGGCCCAGGUGCCCAACUAUGGGCGCUGCAUAACGCCCAACCGGGAGCGGGCCCUGUGCAUCCACCUGGAGGACUGCAAGUACCUGUACGGCCUGCUGACCACCUCCCCGCUGCGGGACACGGACCGGCUCUACCUGAGUCGCAGCCAGUGCGGCUACACGAACGGCAAGGUGCUGAUCUGCUGCCCGGACCGCUACCGGGACGGCUCCCCGGAGACGCCCGCGCCGGCCAGGCCCAACGUGACCAGCUCCGGCUCCGGCUCAGGCUCCGGCUCCAGCCUGCUCCCUCUGCCGGGACAGUGCGGAAACAUCCUGUCCAACCGCAUAUACGGCGGCAUGAAGACCAAGAUCGACGAGUUCCCCUGGAUGGCUCUGAUUGAAUACACCAAGGCCCAGGGGAAGAAGGGCCACCACUGCGGCGGCUCCUUGAUCAGCACCCGAUACGUGGUGACAGCCUCCCACUGCGUCAACGGUAAGGCGCUGCCCAGCGACUGGAGGCUGACCGGGGUCCGCCUGGGCGAGUGGGAUACCGCCACCGAUCCCGACUGCGAGGUCGACGUGCGCGGCAUGAAGGACUGUGCCCCCGCGCAUCUGGACGUGCCCGUGGAGCGCACCGUGCCCCACCCCGCCUACAUUCCGGCCUCCAAGAACCAGGUGAACGACAUCGCCCUGCUGCGCCUCGGCCAGCUGGUGGAGUACACCGACUUCGUGCGCCCCAUUUGCCUGCCCCUGGACGCCAACCUGCGGGCGGCCACCUUCGACGGCAUCACCAUGGACGUGGCCGGCUGGGGCAAGACGGAGCAGCUGUCGGCCAGCAAUCUGAAGCUCAAGGCGGCCGUGGAGGGCUUCCGGAUAGACGAGUGCCGCAACGUCUACAGCGGCCAGGAGAUCCUGCUCGAGGACACGCAGAUGUGUGCCGGCGGCAAGGAGGGCGUCGACUCGUGUCGCGGCGACUCCGGAGGGCCGCUCAUCGGCCUGGACACGAACAAGGUGAACACCUACUACUUCCUGGCGGGCGUGGUGUCCUUUGGGCCCACACCCUGCGGCUUGGCCGGCUGGCCAGGCGUGUACACUCGGGUGGGGAAGUACGUUGACUGGAUCCAGAACACCAUCGAGGCCUGAACGUUUCAGUUUUAAACUGUGCUCGUGUCAGGACUUUUGGCAAAGGACCCUUUUUUAAAAACAGUUUUACCUGGCGCGCAAAAUAUCUGCCGAUCGGCGCGUCAAGCAGGGAAGUAAUUCUUAGAGCAUACAUAUGUAAAAUACCUCUUUCAAGAUAAUUAUUUAUAAAAAAGAUUUUGGUUUAAUGAAUGUCAAAUUUGCUUAAAUAUUAUUCUCAAUUUUUAAAAUACUACUUAGC